AUGAUAACGAGCAACAUUCGGCGACAUGGCGUCCGAUCACAGGUCCUUUUGUGCCAGCCUUUGAAGUUGGUCAAGGUUGGUCAAAUCACCGAGAGCAGGAUAUCAAAUGUUGUUGCCAUGCUUCCACCAUCGCUGCAGUCGGGCAUGAGUCCGAUUCGAUUCCUUCGCCGCAUCAUCAGCCUUGACACCUUACGACCGGGCGUCCUAGUCUCAGAGGCGCCCCCAAAGCCUCGGCCACUCUUAGAGGCCCAUGUCCCAACUCUGACCCAGGAUCCACUCGUCACUGAGAUGCUCCAGCGGAACGAUGCUCAUCAGGAUGCGGAUUCGAAGGCCGUGUGCCCGCGACCGAUGAGCCGGGUUCUUUACUCGGAGUCGGUCGAUGAUGACCAGGCUAUCAGGGCGGCCUCUGGUGUUCAUUGGAAGUUUGCGCGGCAAGGCACUAGUCUCGUAAAAAUCUCCAUCGAUGGAGGCAAGCCCGCAGUCGCAGAGGAGGAUGUUACUUUCGAGCGGAAGGCCUUCAUUGAUGGUGUGACGUAUCUCCUCAAGGCACUUCCCCAGGACCUCGAUGUUUGCGAACUGAGGCGGAUCCAGUCCGCUCUACCCAAGGAUGUUGCCCUUCUGGACCUGGGGGCGGUUCAGCCUGGAGCCGGCUCCACCCAAUCCGCUUCUGGUCAGCCGCGAUCCAUUCUGCACCGCGGUGUCCAGAUGACCGUGGUCAACUUGAUCUUCGUCCUCAGCUUUCUGCUGCCGUAUCUGAUGUAUCUCCUCCGCUAUAUAGCACGGAUGGAGCGGAAAUACAAGGUCUCCGAGACCGUGGUCGGCCAUGGGCUCGACUUUGUCAACUCGAUUGGGAAACAGAGCGUGUCCCUUACCGAAACCAUGUGUCAGAUGAACGACGGGAAAGUUGGACAAGCUCUUCUAGAAGCAUUCAUAUGGACGGUUGAUGGGGUCGCACAGGGGAUAUCGGACGGGUUCGGCGAGGGCCUUUCAAUCGUGGGGACUAGGAGCACCGUCUGA